UUUUAAUAUAUAUGGUACUUGCAGAACUUGGAAAAUCAAUAAAUGCAGCACUUUAAAAACUAAAUAAGGCUCCAGUAGUAGAUGAAGCAUUAGUGGAUUAAAUUUUAGGUGAAAUAGCAAUGGCUUUAUUAAAAGCAGAUGUUAAUGCAAAAUUUAUAAAAAAAUUAAGAGAAGAUGUUAAGAUGGAAUUUAAAUUAUGUUAAGAAGAGAAUGUUAAUCAUUAAAAAUUGAUAUAGAAAUCAGUAGUCGAUGGAUUAACAAGAAUGUUAGAGAGUGAUAGAAAACCAUUUUAACCAAAAAAGGGUAAAAAUAAAUAUAAAUUAUUAAUAGGAAAAUAAAAUGUUAUAAUGUUUGUUGGUUUAUAAGGAUCUGGUAAGACAACAACAUGUACUAAAUAUGCAUAUUAUUACUAAAAGAAAGGAUGGAAAGUAGCAUUAGUAUGUGCAGAUACAUUUAGAGCAGGUGCUUUUGAUUAAUUAAAAUAAAAUGCUACGAAAGUGAGAGUACCAUUUUAUGGGUAUCAUUUGAUAUUAAAUUUAGAUCAUAUACAGAAGCUGAUCCUGUAUAGAUUGCAUAAGAGGGUGUGAAUGUAUUUAAGAAAGAAGCCUUUGAAAUAAUUAUAGUAGAUACAUCAGGAAGACAUAAAUAGGAAAAUGAUUUGUUUGAAGAAAUGAAAUAAGUAGAAGCAGCAGUUAAACCAGAUGAUAUAGUUUUUGUUAUGGAUUCUUCAAUAGGAUAAGCUUGUUUUGAUUAAGCAUUGGCAUUUAAGAAAGCUGUAAAUGUAGGAUCAGUAAUAAUUACAAAAUUAGAUGGUCAUGCUAAAGGUGGUGGAGCAUUAUCAGCUGUAGCAGCUACUGAAUCUCCUAUUGUAUUUAUAGGAGAAGGAGAACAUUUCGAUGAUUUAGAAUCUUUUGAAGCAUCUUCUUUCGUUAGAAGAUUAUUAGGUUUAGGAGAUAUUAAUAAAUUAUUUUAAUCUGUUAAAGAUGUUGUUAAUAUGAGAGAUUAACCAUAAUUAAUUUAAAAAUUAAAAGAAGGUAAAUUCUCUAUCAGAGAUUUAUAAACAUAAUUUAACUCUGUUCUUAAAUUAGGAUCUUUAAAUUAAUUCAUGUCUGCUAUUCCUGGAAUGGGUAGUUCUGUUUUAUCUAAAGGAAAUGAAAAAGAAUCUAUUAAAAGAAUUCAAAGAUUUUUAUGUAUCAUGAAUUCUAUGACAUCUGAAGAAUUAGAUGGUGAAGGUAUAUAUAUCUAUUAUAAUUUAAUAGGAAAUUUAAAUUUCUGUAGAAUUGUUAGAAUUGCUAAAGGAUCUGGUACAUCCAUAGAAGAAGUUCAUAUUUUAUUAGAUGAACAUAAAAAAUUAUCUAAAGUUGUUGGCAAUUUAGCUAAGACUAAUUUAGGAGGAAAAAGUAUUUUAUAUUAUUGAUGUAUUUAGGAGGAAAUGAAUUUGAUUAACUUAAAAGAAAUCCAUAAUAAAUGAUGUAAAAAAUGAAAGGAGCUAUUGAUCCAAGCAUGCUUUCAAAAUUAGGAGGAAUGGAAAAUGUUAUGAAUAUGAUGAAAUAAAUGGGAUAAAUGGAUGGAAUCUAAGAUUUAAUGAAACAAAUGGGAGGUAUGGGAGGAAUGCCAGGAACAGGAAAAGGAAAAAGAAGAUGA